GAAUAAGGGAACCUCAGUACGCAGAUACGCUCCUGCGAGUCACGAUUGUUCGUGAAACUGCGUUUCUAAACAUCCUCUUUACCGAUCCCGCAAAAUUUGACUCGAGUCGAGUACACUUUGAAGAGGGAAAGAGAAGAGAACUGGUUCCGCGAUGGAAGUUCGCGUGCUCAGCGAAUUUGCGUUGCGAUAAGGCGCGAUCAGCCCGGCUUUGAUACAAGAGAUAAGAGCAGAUUGUCGGCCAGUCGACCGGGAAACGGUACACGUCAUGAGGAACUCCUGUGUUUCUUUUCUUUGAUUCCCAUCCUGGUAACGCCGUGAUAGAAGAGAGACGGAAUGCCGUUGUUCAAAACGCGUCCGAGGGUCCCCCCGACGGAGGAGAAGGUUCUGAACGGGAACCAUCAGAACGAUCACAAUAAUCAACCGAACGGCAAUGAAAGUAAUCAAGAAGAUACUCAACAGCAGAAUGGCAAUCAAGAGAAACGGUCGUCGAGGUACUCCAAACCGCCUCUAGUGUUUCAUUGUCAGCUGGCCCACGGGAGUCCUACGGGACUUAUAUCGGGAUUCAGUAACGUGCGAGAGCUUUAUCAGAAGAUCGCAGAAUGCUACGAUUUACCCAUGGAAGAGAUAAUCUUCUGCACGCUGAACACUCACAAAAUCGAGAUGACAGAGCUGCUAGGCAAUCAGAUAGGAGUCGGCGAUUUUAUAUUCGCUCAUAAAAAAGGAAGGCCCAAAGAGAUAGAACUAGUGAAAACGAACGAUUCCCUUGGAUUAACGAUAACUGAUAACGGUGCUGGCUACGCUUUUAUAAAGCGUAUUAAAGAAGGUUCGAUAAUUGACAAAGUCAAGGUGAUAGAAAUUGGAGAUCACUUGGAGAGACUAAAUUCUGUUAGUCUGAUCGGUAAACGGCACUUCGAGGUCGCUAAAAUGUUGAAGGAAAUCCCUAAGGGUGCCACGUUCACGUUAAGAUUAGUCGAGCCGAUGAAGAAUGGUUUUGCAAAUAUUGGUCCGCGAGGAGACGCGAAAAAGGGGAAGAAAUCUGGCUAUGGAACCGGCAAAGAGACUCUCAGGUUCAAAGCUGAUGGAAGUGCACAGAUCAUCGAGAAGGUGGACGAUGCUGCUGCUAUCGGCAUUGAAAAGAUAAAUGUGAUCUUGGAGAGCUUUAUGGGCAUCUAUGACACUGAAUUAGCUACACAAAUCUGGGAACUGGCAGAGGGUAAGUGCAACAGCAUUGAUUUUGCAGAAGCGAUUGACAACUCAGAUCUAGAAGACUUUGGAUUCACGGACGAGUUCGUUAUCGAGCUGUGGGGUGCAGUUACGGAUGCAAGAGCUGGAAGGCAUCGAUGAUGGACGACAAUUUAUGAUUAAAUGGAAUCAGAAAAAGGAAGACAGGUCUUCCUACACGAGAUUCAACGUCGUAGAAAUGAAGUGGAUGAGAGAUAGGAAACGUGAAUCGAUCGAAAAAUAGUAUAUAGCAUUUGUACAAUUUAUAUAAUAAAUAAAUAUAUAUUUAAUGACGAA